AUGCUAAGGAUAUUAAUUAUAACUAUAUGCGCGUGCAAUGUCGGUACACAACGUGGCACUCGACCUAACGGGCUCAUAUCGUAUUCCAUCCCUGAGACGCGACCUCUCAAGAAGGCUUUGGGUUACUACGAAGAUACUUACCUCAACUUUACCGAACUGAGCAGCAAACAUGGCUACCAUACUGAACAACAUACUGUUACUACAGAAGAUGGCUAUGUCCUAACCGUCUUUAGGAUUUUGAGUACAUGUGGAAUAGAAACCGGGUAUCCUGUUUUGCUUAUGCACGGCAUAUUUGAUACUUCGGACGUAUGGAUUGUAGCAGGAAAACAAAGAGGUCUUGGUUAUUUGCUCGCUCAAAAUUGCUAUGAUGUCUGGACUCCUAAUCACAGAGGUAACAAAUACUCGAGAAGACACAUCAAGCUCAAUCCUGAUAAAGAUGUAAAGUUUUGGAAUUACUCAUUCGACGAACACGGAAACUUUGAUCUACCUGCAGUCAUAGACUACAUUUUGGCUGUUACUCGGCGACAGAAAAUAAAUUAUAUUGGACAUUCACAAGGUACUACGGACUUUUUGGCAAUGGCAUCACUGAGACCUAAAUACAAUGACAAGAUCCAAGUUUCCAUACUCCUUGCUCCAGUGGCGUGGAUGUCAAACAUCGUGAGCCCUAUUCCGAAGCUACUAUCACAUGUAACACAGCAAUUGAAGAUAUUCUUAGAUUCAGCUGGAUACAGCGAAUUGUUAGCAAGCCAUCAACUGACACAUUUAAUUUUAGAAUAUUUGUGUCAGGUUUCUUCUGACGACCUGUGCAGCGCUACACUUGCGGCUACCACCGGCUACAAAAGUGGUAUACCCGGGAAGACAUUAGCGAUUGCGUUUGGUCACUUGCUAAGUGGCAGUUCCUCUAAAAGCAUCGCACAUUUUGGACAGCUCAUCCAAUCUAAGCGAUUUCAGCGUUACGAUGAAGGAUCCACAGGAAAUAUUUUAAGGUAUGGCAGAACUACAGCUCCAGAGUAUAAUGUUUCUCGUAUAACGGCGCCAGUAGUUUUAAUUACAGGGCGAAAUGAUUGGUUGUCGUCCUUAAAGGACAUAGCUACAUUAACCUCAAAAUUGCCUAACCUUUUAGAGAAUUUUGUGGUACCCGAACCGGGAUGGAGUCAUCAUAAUCAUGUUUGGGGCAAAUUGGCACCUGGAUUGGUGUUCCUCAAAAUAUUUGAAUAUUUAAGGUGGCUCAAUUAG